AUGAAGGUGCUUUUAGCAGUGUUUUCGGUGCUAGCGGUCACUCGUGGCCAGCUGAUUGAUCCAUACGCGAACGAAGGGUUGCUACCGUACAACGGUUGGCCACAGCAGCCACUCCUGCAGAAUCUGUUGAAUCCGUACGCCGUGUAUCCGUUCCAGCAGCAGCUGCCACCAGUUCCGUUUGCCCCUCAGCCUUAUCCUCUACUUCCGGUCGGCCAACAGCUUCCCCCGGUGCCCGUUCCCUUCCCCGCUCAGUAUCCUCUGGCAGGGCAGCAGUUGCCACCGACGGUAAAUUAUCAGCUACCGUUGCCACAGCAACCGAGCUAUCAGCAGAUGCAGGUAGUACGUCACGGACUGCCACACUCCGAUGCCGCGGCCGUAUCCUAUUCGUCUCUGAGCUACAACAAUCCACAGGCACCGCUGCAGCAGACGACCACCACUGGUGCAUCGAUCGGAAGCCCUAAACCUCAAGCGGUGACAGUUCCGGCGAGUCCGGUCAACGGUGCCACGGUUCCAGUGACGCCAGCCGUUAGCCCGGCCGUCGUUAAGGACAUUGCUACGUUCGGAACGGAGUAUGGAACUGGAACGGAUAAAUCCCCGGUAGCUCGGUACGAGGCCAUCAAUGCGGGUUCGGUACAUGUCGCGCCCUUACCCGGGCACACCGUCGAUCAGAAGCUGAUCGCACCGGGUACGGCUGAGCAGAAAGCGUAG